GGCAGCACAACGGCGAUCGGCAGCGCGGCCACCGGUGGCGGUGGCGGAGCGAGCGGCGGUGGUGGAGGUGGAGGAGGAAGCGGAGGUGGCGGGGCUGCCGGGAACGGGACUUCCGGCGGCGAUUUCCUCCGGAGAAGUCACCCCCUAUCGGAGCACACGGCCCUGCAUCCCGCCUACCGGCUCAACUACAUGGACCACCUUUACCACCAGCUCCAGGCCUCCACGCACAGUCCCAACGCCUCGUUACACGGACUGGGUGGUUUGGGGCCCGAAUACCUUCUGCAUGCGGCAGGGCCGGCGAGCACGCUCGCUUCCACGGAAUUUCCUUUCUCCAUCGACGUGUCGGCGUCAUCGAGGUUGGGAAGCCCCCGUUCCUCGACGAUCCGUGCAAGCCGGAAACGCGCGCUAAGCAGUUCCCCGUACUCCGAUCGCUUCGACAUCGACAGCAUGAUCCGUUUUAGCCCGAAUAGUCUGGCCUCGAUCGUGAAUGGAUCCCGAAGCAGCAGCGCGAGCGGCAGCUACGGUCAUCUUUCCGCCGCAAUGAGUCCAACCUUGGGAAUGCACCCUGGAAUGGCGCCGCACCUGCAGCAGCUUCAGGCGCAUCUUUUGAGGAGCGCAGCCGCCGCGGCCCUGUUACCUCAUGCUCACCCCUUGCAGCCCCCUGCGCCACCACCGCCGCCACAUCCACACUCUCACGCUCAUGGAUUGUCGCCCCAUUCGCAAUUGUACCCCGGUGUGCCACCUCAUUCCACGGCUUCGGCGACAUUGGGACCACAUGGAGGACUGCCACCGAAAUCCGAGAGCGCGGAGUCGUGCAGGAAAGCCUCGGAAUCGUCGACCAGGUCGGUCACGGCGGAGGCAGACACGUCCUCCAGAAGAGCAUCCGCCAAGGUGAAAAGAGAACCGGCGACGACCACCACGAACGCGACCACGACGACUGCGCCACCGACUCAUCCUCAGGGACUAAGCCCUAGCGAGGAUCUACGGGACGAGCCUGGUGAUUUCAUCGAGACGAAUUGCCAUUGGAGGGACUGCGGCCUCGAGUUUCCGACUCAGGACGAUCUGGUGAAACAUAUAAAUAACGAUCACAUUCACGCGAAUAAAAAAAGCUUCGUUUGCGGCUGGGAGGAAUGCUCCAGGGAAGAAAAGCCAUUCAAGGCUCAGUACAUGUUGGUCGUCCAUAUGAGAAGGCACACUGGUGAAAAACCCCACAAGUGCACCUUCGAGGGAUGCUUCAAGGCCUACUCGCGACUGGAGAACCUAAAGACGCAUCUGAGGUCACAUACAGGCGAGAAACCGUACACUUGCGAAUAUCCUGGAUGCAGCAAGGCCUUCAGCAACGCUAGCGACCGCGCGAAGCAUCAGAAUAGAACUCAUUCCAACGAGAAACCGUACGUCUGCAAGGCGCCAGGCUGCACCAAGAGGUACACCGAUCCGUCGUCCUUGAGGAAACACGUGAAAACCGUGCACGGCGCGGAAUUUUACGCGAACAAAAAGCACAAAGGCGGUGGCGGAGACGGCGGUGGAAGCGACGAGGCUGGGGCAGGCGGGAACAGUCCCAGCAGAAGCGAGGACCUUCAUCCGAAGACGCCGAGCCUGUCGAGCCCCAGCGUGAAGUCUGAGAGCGAGGCUAACAGUCCACCCAGCAUGAUGCAACAGCAAGGCAGCCCGUUGGUGGGUGGCUGCAACGAUGAAGUCGCGGCUGCCGGCGCGUUGACGGGCGAGGGUGUCGUGCUCGCCGAGGAACCAUGGAACGAAGAACCCGAUGACCUGGAUAUCGCUGAUCUUCCAGUUGCUCUCCGUGCUAUGGUCGGUGGAAUGGAGUCGCAGCAACAGCAACAGGCCCCGGCGCCCGCGUCAAGAAACCGUUUGAAAGGAAGAUUACAGGCAAAGGGUAUGCCCAGCCUGCCUGUCGUCUCUGGAUUGAGAGGAACGCGUGGCAUGGGCCCUCAGGGCAAUAUCGGUGACCUAAACAGAAGGAUCACUGACCUGAAAAUGGAAAGCGGUGGUUCUGCUCGUCAGACGAGCCUGUCAGACCUCCAACUUAGGUUACAACCGCUGAACGAGCCGAGACGGGACAGUAACACAACCGUGAGCACCUAUUACGGUAGCAUGAAGUCCACGGAGUUCGGCAGUAGAAGAAGCAGCCAGGCAAGCGGUGUCAGCGCCGUAAGAAUGGCCCACGUUGGUCCUGGAAGCUUCUACGAUCCUAUCAGCCCCGGUACGUCUAGGAGAAGCAGCCAAAUGAGCACCACUUCUGGUAGAGUGAAUCCUCCCAGUCAUCUUCAAGGACCGUACUCGACGAGCAAUCUUGUUGUCCAGACGCAGAACAUGUCCCUUCAGGGUCUUCACGGAGUACCCGGCGAGUGGACCGGUCCAACUGGCCACUGUACGCAACCUUCCGGUGACCGUCGCAUGUCUGAGCCCGCUAGGGGUCAACAAGCUCAAAGAAAUUCCCCGGUUGUGCCGCCUAGACCUAGGUCAGCUCAAUUCCCUGAACGUCAUCCGAAUCAGGAAGUGAUUUUGGACGAGGUGGGCGAAGGUGAAAUGGUGGAGAACAAACUGGUCAUUCCGGACGAGAUGAUGCAGUAUUUGAAUCAGGUUCAGGCGGGUGGAAGCCAAAUCAGUUAUCGCAGCAGUCCCCUACCAGUCUGCCAAUCACCGGUAUGCAGUAAUCCUAUGCACUGUCAGCGUCCGAUGCAACCCAUCUGCAACUACAACCAAUCCCACCAACAGCACUGCUACGCCCAACAAUCAUCCUCCCAAUCGACUUGCACGAAUUACCAGAAUACAUCUCCAUCCCCGUACAACCAGUGUCCCAGCUCCAGGCCAGCUCCACCCAAUCCUCAAUACUGUCCACCACCGAGCUACCCAUCGCAACCGAACGGCCAGGUGCUCAGUCCUGCAGCGGGUCAAGUCAUGUCACCAGGAUCUCAUUACGCGCCCAGCCAUAUAAGCGAUCAACCCCUGACAUCGCCAGCAGCCGGCGCCCUGGCGCCUCAACACGCCCCUCAGAAUCUUCCUCAGAAUUCCGCUCAACUAACCAGGAACUGCCCACAGAAUCACAUGCACCACGGCUAUUAUCCCAACUAUGGCUGCCAGGGACCAAUGAACGCUAGCUGCACCGGGAACCCGAACGGUCACAUGAACCACCACACGAAUCUAUCCUGCGUUCCACCGAAUCAUGGCCCUGUGACUCAGCAACAAUGUGGUCAGAUGCGGCCAGCCGGGAAUUGUCAACAGAUGGCGAUGCAUUGCAAUCAACAACCGGUUAUGCAUAAUCAACCGGGCAUGAACCAUCCAAGUUCACAGUGUAGCCAAACCAGCCAAUGCACCAGGCCAAUGAUGACACCGAAUGGUCCUGUGUCGAACCUACACACCAACCAGCAGACCACGGUAACGAACCAGUGUCCUCAAAUGGCGUCACCUUGCUCUCAGUUGAGCAUAAACAAUCAAACGAAACCGAUGGCCAACAUGACCGCUAUCCAGGGAUGUCAACAACAACCCCCGCCGCAACCAGUGUCCCCCUGCAUGCAGAUGACCAAUUGUUCGCACACGAACGGGGCCCAUCGGCCGGCCGUGGAUAAUAAUUUGCUCAAACGAAUGUCACCGCAGCUCUGCACCGGUCAACCGAACACCUGCAGGAUGCAACAACAGCAAACGUGUAAUUGUCAGACUCGUACGAACCCACCGAAUCACCAACAGUUCACCUGUAAUUGCCAGUGGAACUACGGCGAUCAUUGCUACCACGAGCAACCCGGUGCUACCAUGCCAGAGAUUCAGUGCAGGGACAUCAGCCAAUCGCAACAAGGCUCGCCGAUGAAGCCACCGUUAGGGAUGAGGCAAGACUCUUACAGAAGGACACUCGAGUACGUGCAACAGUGUAGAAACUGGUCGGAGAGCGCGAACACACACGAGACCAACGUCUCCAGCUCCACACAUCCGAUGUCGUUGCCGCAACCACUGCCAACCAGCGCCAACAUGGUGGUGAACGACAUGUCAUCCUCCUUGAGCUCGUUGCUCGAGGAGAACAGAUACUUACAGAUGAUCCAGUGA